AUGGCGGCAACCGAUUUCAAACUCUUUGGUCGGUGGUCCUAUGAGGACGUGAACGUCUCCGAUCUGUCCUUGGUAGACUACCUGGCAAUCAAGAAUAAAGCCGCCGUUCUGACACCCCACACAGCCGGCAGGUACCAGAAGAAGCGCUUCAGGAAGGCACAAUGCCCUUUGGUAGAGCGCCUCGUGAACUCCCUGAUGAUGCACGGGAGAAACAGCGGCAAGAAGGUCAUGGCGAUCCGCAUUGUUAGGCAUGCUUUCGAGAUCAUCGCGCUCAUGACUGACAAGAACCCCAUUCAAGUGCUCCUUCAAGCCGUGGAGCGUGGAGGACCCAGGGAAGACUCGACACGUAUCGGGAGUGCAGGUGUCGUCAGAAGGCAAGCAGUUGACGUGUCACCUCUCCGCCGUGUGAACCAGGCUAUCUACCUCAUCUGUACUGGUGCCAGGUCUGCUGCGUUCCGCAACCUGAAGAGCAUGUCUGAGUGCCUGGCGGACGAGAUCAUGAACUGCGCCAAGGAGAGCAGCAAUUCCUACGCGAUCAAGAAGAAGGACGAGAUCGAGCGUGUUGCUAAAGCCAACCGUUAA